GGCUGGACCGGGACUGCUCUAAAUUGGCUGGAGAGGGGGCCCCGUCGGCGGCGAAGUUGCUAGCUGGGGGCAGAGACGGCCACGCGGUUGCAGGAAUUGGCCAACGGCUCCUUUCAACCCUGCCUCGUUGGUGGCCACUGGAGAAGCGCGGGGGGCUCCCCAGACAGCCGUGGGGACAAGUUAGAGCCAGCACUUUACCCCGGGCCUCGCGUGUAGCUUUCCUUCCCCUGUUCUAGGUGCCCCAGUGUCCAGAGGGGGGGUGCGGGUGUGCCCUCCUUACAUGUUCCACCGCCCGGGCAACCCUUCUGUCUCGUGUUCCAUCUCGCUCUUGCUUCCUGUACCGUAGUCAAGUGGAGCCACUUUGCAUCAUGUCCCGGUAUAGCUACCAAAGUCUCCUGGACUGGCUCUAUGGGGGCGUCGACCCCAGUUUUGCAGGCAAUGGGGGCCCCGACUGUGCUGCCUUCCUGUCUUGGCAGCAACGGCUGCUGGAAAGUGUGGUGGUCCUGACCCUGGCCCUGUUGGAGAUCCUGGUGGCCCUGCGGCACAUCCUGAGGCAGAAGGAGGACGGUAGGGGUGGCCGUAGCAGCCAGCCACAGCAGGUGACCCAGCGGCCAGAGGAAGGCAAGGAGAGCCUGAGCAAGAAUCUGCUCUUAGUAGCCCUGUGCCUGAUCUUCGGGGUGGAGGUGGGCUUUAAGUUCGCCACCAAGACCGUCAUCUACCUGCUCAACCCUUGUCACCUGGUCACCAUGAUGCAUAUCUUCCUCCUGGCCUGUCCUCCAUGCCCGGGAGCUACCGUCAUCUUCAAGUUACAGAUGCACAUGUUGAAUGGAGCUCUUCUGGCGUUGCUCUUUCCUGUGGUAAAUACCCGGCUGCUCCCCUUUGAACUAGAGAUUUACUACAUCCAGCAUGUUAUGCUCUACGUGGUCCCCAUCUACCUGCUUUGGAAAGGAGGUGCUUACACCCCAGAGCCCCUCAGCAAUUUCCACUGGGCUCUUCUCUCGACUGGCCUCAUGUUCUUUUACCACUUCAGCAUCCUGCAGAUCCUCGGCCUGGUCACCGAAGUGAAUUUGAACAACAUGCUGUGUCCGGCCAUCUCAGACCCAUUCUACGGCCCCUGGUAUCGCAUCUGGGCCUCGGGACACCAGACUCUCAUGACCAUGACCCACGGGAAGCUGGUCAUCCUGUUCUCAUACAUGGCUGGGCCCUUGUGUAAAUAUGUGCUGGAUUUGCUCCGGCUUCCAGCCAAGAAAAUAGACUGAAGGUGCUUGGAUUUUGGUUUUGUUUUAGUUUUGGUUUUUUUUUUUGUUUUGUUUUGUUUUGUUUUGUUUUGUUUCGUUUCUCCCUGAGAAAGCAAAUCCUGACUUGAUUCAGAGAAUACCCAGCUCUUGACAAAAUCAUUGGAGAGGGCAAACAGAAUACUUGGUUUAUUUCCUUUCCCCCCCUCCUCUCUGUCCCUUUCUUCCACUACUUUUCCCUCCCCAGCUCCAACCCUUGGAUGACUCUUGGUGCCCAGGGAAGGUGCUGGGGGCUGGAGCUUACUUCCUCUCCUCCCCUGGGUUCUGGGUCCCUACUGUGCCCCACUCGGUCUGCGUGGCCUUACCCAGGGAAAUGGUAGUUAGUGGCCCCUUUCAUACGGCUUGUUGGUGCUUUUAACAACAGCUGGUUGAGGAAGGAGGGGACAACAAGCAGUAGUUCCUCCAGCACCCCAGCCAUAAAAUAGUGUUGGGUUCACGUCUCUACUGCCAGGGAACUCCAGGCUCAUGCUGGAAUCCCCUUUAAUCUCCAGCAUAGCCCCCACCAGAAGGGGACCAAGGCCUUGCUUCUACACCAGCCGCAAGCCCAGAGCCAAGGGACUUCCCAGUUCACAGCCAAAAUAAGAUUCUUCCAGUGACUGGUGUCCCAUGACUGAAAGCAGGGAGCUACCCAGCCACUCCUUCUAGGGUGCCGCCUGGGGUAGAUGGCAGCAACGCGCAGCCAAAGGGCAAGAUUCUGUACAGGGGUGUGGGAGAUCUGUUGCCAUAGUGAAUCUGAAAGAAAGAGGGUAAAGGUGUACAUAGUACCAGGCUGGACCACCCCGUCCCCCAGGGGAAAAAUAACAAACAAACCAAACCUUCCCUAUAAAAGCUGAGAUCAGAUCCCCAUCCGACAUGAGUGUAGAAAGGAGUAAAUCAACUAAGUCAAGUGGCAACUUGAGAAAGCUGUGAUCUGAAUCACAUUCUGUAUCACAAGGAUAAUAGACAGUGUUCUAGUCUCAGCUGCCCCUUGAACCAUCCUCAUUGUCUGUGUAUGUGUCUGUCUGUUUUUCUGUCUGAGGCAGCUUCAUGGAAGAACAAGCUGGAGUUGGGGCUUGGGUGCUGUUUGGCUGUUUGUCUUUUGGAUGUUUGAAAUGGGGGAAACCCUCACUUUUCUCUAAGGUACUCUAGAGCCAUUCCUGGCAUUUAGAAGACAUGGCCAUGGUUCCUGAAGGCAGUUUUAUGAGGAUUAGAUUUCUUUCGUGUAGCUUGACUCUACUCAAGUGUUCUAUGUGGGGAGACGUCACUGGUUUUGCAGCUUGACAAUGUCCAAAACCCACGUGUAGGUUGAAAGGGAACUGCCUGGGCCCCAUAGGUAGAGGUUCAAGUGCUCGGAAGAGAGGAGCUUUGGUUGAAAGGUACUUGGUUGUGUGUGAACCACACAAAUGGUACCAGUGUCUGUGUAUUUGCUGACUCCUUGUCAACUUCUAGUAGAAAGAGAUUUGCUUAGGGAUAGAAAUGUUUGUACCAUGACCACCCCAUUGUCUUGUACCAGAUGCAGUAUUCAGUGUGAGUUUGUGGGUAUUAGGCCUAUGCUGACCUUCAGUGGCUUGGUGGUCAUGGUUUUACAAGAUGGAUUUGCAGGGGAAACAACUGCAGGAGAGCAAAUGGAAACUAAGAGAAGCCAUUCUGGGAGAGGCUGCCUGGCCAUGAAGUGAUCUAGUCUGAGGUACUGAAAACAGGCAAGAACUCUUAGUAUGCUUGCUACCCUUGAUUUCCUGCCAUGGCAUCUUCACCCUCUGCCAUCUGUGAGGGCCAUGCCAAGCUUCCCUUGCUGUCUCUUCAGGUACUGACUAGCCCUGCUCACUCAUAGAAGUUGGUGGAUGAAUAGAUUGCAGGAACGCCUCCCUGGCCUGUAAGAGUAUGGAGAGGUCAUAGGAGGGGAGUCCAUGAGGCCUGACAGAGCUGUUGCCACAACAUGGAGCUGCUGCCUGCAGAGAUGGACGGCCUCAGCUGAGGGGACCAACCCCAGAAUGCCACAGAAGUGGGAGUGCCACACACACUUCUUUCCCAUCUGAGGCUUCAUGGUCCAGGUUGCCAGGCACCUUGGGUCUCCCUAUAUCAGUCUGCUUUCGUGCCAGCUCAGCAGACCAUUUUCUGGUAGUCAUUUCUGGUGCUCAUAGGAAGAGAGGAAAUCCAAAGCCAUGUUGCCUGGCAUGGCUCAUAUGUAAGGAAGCUAAAUGAAACAUUGUCGCUCCUUCAACAGACUCCAUAGGGAGACAGCCUGGUUGUGAGAAGUUGGAGAACAGGGAACCUCUUCACUAUCUAUAGAUCUCUCUCUUACCUUGGUCCAAACCUACAUGGAAAGAGGUAACCUGCCUAGGCUCUUAGAACUUUGCCAAGGGAGUUGUCCCUAGGUACUACGUCCAGCUGGUACCCUCUACUGUCUGUAGUACAGGGACAGAGAAGACAGUUUGCCCUGACAUUGAAGCUUCUCCUUGGGCCUGUCAUCCCCUUACCACCUUAGCCAAAGGUUUAUAUGUGCUCGACCAUCAUGUGUGAGCUCCGUGUCUGUUCGAGAGAGCUCAGAGAGGUGGCUAGCAAGAAGGAACGGUGUUAUCUUCAAGCCCUCAUUGUCUGUGGUCAGGGGGCUGCACCAACAAGUACAGUUGGCUAAGCCAGCUUCUCUGCUUAUAGGCCCUUCCUGGCCCCAGUGUUUGCUUUUGUAUAUAAAAGACUUGGCCCAACGUCUUCUCAGAAGCCUAGUAGCAUGUUCUUCUGUUAUCCUGUGACAAGCUGUGGGGUUGGGGAGCCACUACCCACCUCUCUAAGUCUGUCUUCUGUCUUUUUGUGAACUUCUUUGUACCUGUGGGGGUGGUCUAUGGGGUCUAUGUGGGCUAAGUAGGGUUGGCUAUGCACUUUAUUCUAUGGUUCCUCAGCCUACCUGUCAGACCAUCCCUUUUGCUGUAGCCUCUGUCAGGGGUUUGGUAUGUGUGAUCAUGGAUAAUUCAGAGGUUCAUGAUGUAAUUAUAAGUUUCUCCCAGAUAGUUCAAUGUCAGCAGGGCUCUCUAUACAGUGGACCCCGGGGUUGGGGAAUGCCCUGAGCUGUGUUGGGCUGGGUGUUCAGGAAUUGGCAAAGGACCCCUUUUAACUUUCCUGCUGCCAAAAAGAUUUCUUUGGGAAUUCUGUCUCCUGUCCUUUUUGGGACAAGGGUUUCUACUGUAAGGGAGGCGGGGUGGGGGAGGAAAGCAGGGAUUCAGAUGCUCUUGGACAAGACACUGCUUCUGGUUUUAGUGAGCCCGGACCAGGCCUCAGGAAGUUCCCAGACCAGACUAGGAAGGAGUGCCCUAUCUCCUCCUGGCCCAGCCAUCUCUGGGAUAAAAGUCCAUUAGAGGAGUCAGGCUUCCUCUGGUAUAAGCAACGAGUUUGCUAUGCACAGGAAGACCGAGUUGCUUGCCGUUGCCCUUGUUUGUGACACUUGUACACUGAUUUGCCACUCAUGGCACUGAGCAGACACCCAUCCCUACUCACUGAAAAACGAAUCAAAAACAAAAGUCCUUUGAAGCCUAAGAUGAUGUUUUGGGAAACUCUUGAUUUAUUUUGGUGUCAACGUUAUGUUAGAUUUGAAAGCAUUUUUCAUUUGUUUGAUGUAAUUAUAGCGAAAAGAACAGGAUUGAAUGGUGUACAGUUAUUUCUUCUGGGACAUUUCACCGAUGUCCUGUCCUCCAUCCUUCUUCUCAAGCUGAGACUGCCGUGUACUAUCACCCUAAUGUACGGGGCUCUUCUGAGAGCCCCUCUGUGAACUCUCUAGGUGGCAGCAAAAUCGAGCCUCUUUGUCAGGCUGCUUCUGGGGCGUUCAUCCCCACCCCCUCCAGUCUACCUCCCCUCUUUGGGUGUUUUUGUAAUGUGCUUUCUCUGUUUUGUAAAACCCCUUUGAUUGUAAGGAAGUGGUUUCUGCAGCCACCUUUUGGAAAUAAAUGGCCCUUAAUUUGUGUACUUAGCAUUUUGAAUCUUAGCCUCAGGUGUUUCUGCUGUUGAAGAUUCCUGAAUGAAAAGGAACCCUCCCAUGGGACUUAUUGUUACAAUGUUUUCUUCAUUUACUGUUAUUAAAAGAUUUAUGAGAA